CCCUCUCUAGGAGCCUCCCCCCACGUCCCUCCCUCGCCCCUCUCUCUGUCUCUGUCUGUCUCCAGUAGAAAUUUUGGCAGUUCUGGGAGCAGCACACAAUGACUCUCUGUAUCCUAACUUCUGCUCUACUCACUCAAGCUCUUAUAGCAGGCUUUUCAUACACUCUAAAUGUCACUGUAUCCCCAUCACCAUGGGUUCUACACCCAGUUGGUGAGAAUGCCUCCUUGUGGUGCUCUGUGUCCCAGAGGAAGAGACGGGACAGCUUGCUGACUGUACGAUGGGUUUUUUCUCCAUCUUCUGGACAUGAACAGAUUAUUGGCCGGAUCACCAAAUUUGGAACAACGCAUAUAUCUGGGAAUUGGAGUCGUAGGGGAGAUUUGAGCAGCGAACACCCAGGACGAUUGUACCGGCUCACACUGAGCAAUGUACAACAUUCUGAUCAGGGACAUUACACCUGCCGAGUUCAGGAAGUGGCACAGCACAGAAGCCGUUGGACGGCUGUGUCAAAUGGCACCGCUGUAACCCAGCUGAGGGUUCUGUCUCACACAGUUUCUGAUGAGAAGUUGUUCACUUGGAAUCUGUUUCAAGAUCUUUACCUGUAUGCCGUGCUCCUGUGCAGUGUGGGUAUCCUCAGUCUCCUGGUCUUCUUCAUCAUCCUCCUGUGUCAGACAAUCUUCCACAAGAGACGCUCCAAAGUGAAGUGGAAAUGUCCCCACGAGAGCAGUGUGAACGGUAGACAAAGUGUCACAGAUCUACUGUCACCUCUGCCCCCAAAAAAGAAGAAGCGGAAGAAACCUCAACAGGUAGAAAUUCCACCGGAGUUACCUGUGAAAGGUCCCCUGAUCAGCCUUGUACAGGAGAAACAGAGACCCCUUCUGUUGCCACGUCUGGUGGAAGAGGGCUUAGCGUAUGCAGAGUUGGAGCUGGUAAAACCCUCCCCCCCUGUGAAGGAAACUCCCUCCACUACUGUAUAUGCUCAGAUCCUGUUUGAGGAGAGCUCUCUGCAGCAUGAUGUCCGCUCAAAAGGACAGAGAGGUCCCAUCAUCAGCCCCAACAAAGGCACAAUUCAAGGCCCUAUGGUACCAAGACUGUACAGCACCAUUCAGAUACCCUAAUAUCUGGAAACUGGAGCCAUUAAUCAACAAACUACUGGACAAGCAAGCAAUUAAUUUGCUGCUUAAUUUGUCCUUCUUGUGAGUGAUUGAAAGUUUAGUUGCAUGACAACUCUAAUCUCUGCUGCCGGGCAGCCAGAUAGCAUUAAUUAUGCUGCAGUUGCCUCUACGAGAGAGAGGAAACUGAGAUAUUCUGUGAUUCCUUUUUUUUUUGUAGUUUAACAACCUGGAGACGUCUUGUUAAAGUGUCUAGAAGAUCUAAAAUAUUCAAAUAUACCUGUCCAUACAAAGCAA